UCAGAGAUCAGGGGCCCGAGGACGGAGACGGAGCAGUCCGAGUCCCGGUGCGUCUAAGCGGCGAGUGGAGGGAGCGAGAACCGGCGCACAACUGGAUUCACACACAGAUAAAGCAGUCCAGAUGGAGUUUAAUAUAACAGGAAUAUAAGAUCCUGGGCGAUUUUUUUUCCUCCUCUCAUCUCCUAAAUGGAUUACAAAAGGAAUAUGGCUUUCAGUUGGAUUGCUCCAUUCAUGAGAGAAUUCGGAUACUCGAGGUAACAUCUCCACACGUGUGAUACAGGAAGGGUCGUCUGAGAGCAGCCAUGGGCCAGGUAGCUGUGCGUCUGCUGCUGCUACUGCUGACAGCCUCACACACUCUCCUGGCAGUCAGCUUCCCAGAGGACCUCGUACCCCACGACGUGGUCGAUGCACAAUUCUCAAGGAGAUACCCCGUAUUCAGAGGCAGGCCCUCUGGUAAUGAGUCGCAGCAUCGCCUUGACUUUCAGCUGAUGACAAAGAUACAGGACACUCUGUUCAUUGCUGGCAGAGACCAAGUGUACCUAGUGAGUCUGAGGGAGUCCUACCGGAAUGAGAUCAUUCCCUACAGGAAGCUAACAUGGCGAUCAGGCAAGGUUGACAGAGAGCAGUGUGCCCUCAAGGGGAAACACAAGGACGACUGCCAUAAUUUCAUCAAAGUACUGGUUCCAGGAAGUGAUGACCUGGUCUUUAUCUGCGGCACAAAUAGCUUUAAUCCAAAGUGCAGAUACUACAGGCUGGAUAACCUUGAGUUUGACGGCGAGGACAUCAAUGGAGCGGCUAAAUGCCCGUUUGACCCGAGACAAACAAACGUCGCCCUCUUCGCAGAGGGGAAACUGUUUUCUGCCACCGUCACCGACUUCCAGGCCACAGACUCUGUCAUAUAUCGCAGCAUGGGGGAUGGAUCACCAAUUAGGACAAUAAAAUACGACUCCAAAUGGCUGAAAGAACCUCAUUUCCUGCACGCAGCAGAGUAUGGGAAUUAUGUGUACUUUUUCUACAGGGAAAUCGCCGUGGAGCACAGCAACCUCGGCAAGGUUGUGUAUUCUCGAGUGGCCCGGGUCUGCAAGAAUGACAAUGGAGGAUCACAGCGAGUGCUGGAGAAACACUGGACAUCCUUUGUCAAAGCUAGACUUAACUGCUCUGUGCCGGGGGAGUCCUUCUUCUAUUUCGACGUCCUUCAGUCCAUCACGGAUAUUACCAUGAAUGGAGCCCCGGCAGUGGUGGGUGUGUUCACCACGCAGAUGAACAGCAUCCCAGGGUCAGCAGUGUGUGCCUUCUCCAUGGCCGACAUCGAAAAGGUUUUCAUGGGUCGCUUUAAAGAGCAGAAAACCGCAGACUCUGUGUGGACCCCGUUUCCAGAGGACAAGCUUCCAAGUCCUCGACCCGGUUGCUGUGCGGGUCAAGGUUCCGCGUCGUCCAUCAGCAGUUCUGUUGGGUUCCCUGAUGCAACGCUGCAGUUUAUCAAGUCUCAUCCCCUGAUGGAUGCAUCAGUGCCCUCCAUAGGAGAUGAACCUUGGUACACCAAGACACGCGUCAGGUACAGACUGACAGCUUUGGCGGUGGAUAAUGAAGCAGGGCCUCACAAGAAUCACACUGUGGUCUUCAUUGGGGCAGAGUCUGGGGUCAUUCUGAAGGUUUUGGCCAAGACCUCUGCCACAGCCCUCAAUGACAGCGUGCUCCUGGAAGAGAUUGACGUCUUCAACAAAGACAAGUGCUUGUCUAAUCGCGAGGAUGACAAGCGUGUCCUCUCGAUGCACGUCGACAAAGAUGCCCACAGCCUCUAUGUUGCCUUCUCUAGCUGUGUUAUCCGUAUUCCCUUGAGCCGCUGUGAAAGGCACUCUUCUUGCCACAAGGCCUGCAUUGCAUCAAGAGAUCCUUAUUGUGGCUGGAAGCCAAAUGGAGUCUGUGAGAGGAUACAGCCUGGUGUUCUGAGGGGUUACGAGCAAGAUGUGGAAGGAGGGAACACGACCCACCUGGCCGAGUGUCAGGCAUUUUUGGGCACUACAUCAGCGCCAGAUUACAAAUCAUUUGGCGACCCUACCUCUGACAUGGAGUUUUCAUCAACGCCAGUCACUGUCCAGCCCAGUGGCCCCAUUCCCCCCCCAGUACUCAUUCCUACUCACAGCCCCAGCUUUGGGUCUGGUCCAGAGCUCUACGGCUCAGGCUUUGUGCUACAGGAUGAUCCAGCCUCUUCCCAUUCUUUAGACUCUAUCCCAGGGGGCCAAGAGGAUGUGUGGGCAGUGCAAGCAAGUACAAGUAACCAGAUGGUCCAUAUGAACAUCCUCAUCACUUGUGUGUUUGCGGCGUUCCUAACUGGAGCACUACUGAGUGGCAUCGCGGUGUUUUGGUACCGGGACGUAACCCGCAAGGCCCCGCGGAAUCAUACAGAUACAGAAUCUGGACCCUCAAAUUCACAUUCAACUGGAAGUUUUGUCAAGCUCAAUGGUCUCUUCGACAGUCCUGUGAAGGUAAAACUCAGUUGUUGGAAAUCAAUCAUAAUACACGCUAACACUGUGCUCAUAAUGUUUUGUGUGUGUUUAAAGGAGUAUCAGACCAACAUGGAUGCCCCAAAGCUUUACAGUAAUCUCCUGAGCAACGACAAAGCACUGACAACACCUGGUUGUGACACGAAAACAAUGAUCUUGAGGGAUGCCUGUCAGCCGCCGGACCUCACCGCUCUGCCGACUCCUGACUCCACCCCGGUGCUUCAGCAGAAGGGCCUGCAGCCGAUCAAGAACCAGUGGGAAAGAGCUCACGGCAAGGCCAGCGGACCUCGUAAGGAAAACAACACCUCUGCCAAGAGUCCACAGUUCCUUCCCUCUUCCCCUGGACCUCCCAUUGCCAACAGCCUUCAUCCCCAUCCUUCACUGGGACACUCCCACAUCCCCAGUGCAGUUGUCCUGCCGAAUGCUACUCAUGAUCAUCCAAAAUUUGACAAUGGAGAUGAAACACUCCCGCACUCUUCUGAGAGGAAGAUUAAGAAUCCUGAAUUUAAAGGAAAGAAAGAGCAGAAGAAGUCGGUGGACGCUAGAAAUACACUCAAUGACAUUUUGAAACAUCUAAAUGACUCUGUGGCCAACCCCAAGGCAAUUCUUCAAGAGGGGUCAGGACCCCGCCCCAGGCCACACCUCACGCUAGAGACAAUGGAGGAAAUGAUGGAAUUACCACCUAAAGUACCCAGUCGUGAGGCCUCUCUAUACUCUCCCUCAUCUUCCCUCCCAAGGCACAGUCCCACUAAGAGAGUGGAUGUGCCUUUGCCUACCACGCCGACCACACCAACGGGCAGCUUGAGCAUGGGAGGCACCCUUGAGAGGCAGCGAGGAGGAUACCAGCUCCACCGGAGUGCCUCUCACAGGCAGUCCCUGUCCACUUCACCCAGUGGUAUCACUAUGGGGGUGUCUCUUUCCCGCCAACACAGUAUGAACAGAGGGGGUUACAUGCCUCCAACCCCCCCAUCCAGACUUGACUCCCAUAGUGGAGUAAUGGGGGCAGGAUUGCAUCCCGGCCACCCCCCUACUGUGUCCCGACAGAGCAGCUACAGUGGGCAUGGCUCACUUCCCCGCACAGGGCUUAAAAGGACCCCAUCGCUAAAGCCAGAUGUGCCACCUAAACCCAAUGGGUUUUCACCACAGACUCCACAGAUGCGAGUGGUCAAUAAGUACAGUUAUUAAUCAUCUGAAAGACAACACUCGAUGGGCUCCAAGUAGAUGCUUUAGAGCCUUGAGCAACGAGGGCUUGUAUGGACUAUGAAUGAGGAGGGACCCAAAGUGUACGUGUAUCACAUCGACUUGUGUUCCCCCUUUAAAUGAUAUGCACAUUCGCUCACAUUAAAAAGGGAAAAAUCACACAUGUGGCCAAAGAUGCUCAUUCAGGCUUUCCAUUUCAGUUCCGUGCAUUUCCAUCAUCCCUUUCUUAAGCUAGCAGCUACAUAUGAACUGUAGCCCUUUGGCUGCUCCGUGCUGGGUUUGGACAUUAGUGUUGCGUGGAACAAGGACGGCACACAAUGUAUGACAGCAGCCACGGCCACUACUGUGUCUCUUCAUGAGGCACCUAUUGAAAACAAUAGGAUACUUGAAGUACAGAUCUCAUUUCUCACUGCCAUUGCACUGUCUUCCCAUUAAUGUGAACAAGACGUAGACCAUGCCUUUAUGUUGUAAGACUGCUGAGGCAGGCCAGAACAAAAUCAAUUGAGCAUGUCAAGGUGCAAAUUGUGUUUGUAUGUAAAGAAGGCAGGAGACAUGUUUGGCCCCUCCACCUGGUUAUCGAAAACACAGCUGUUGCUUUAAGUCACUGUAUUAGUUGAUGGCUGCAUUUAUAUAAACAAUAGAAACCCCACUGCUCAAUGCAACAUGCAUCUCAUCGUACCAAAAGAGAGGCACCAGCACAAGAUGUUCUGUGACACCAAUAGUGUAGCAAUCUUGUGCACAUCUCUUCAUACGACAGAACACAGCGGUUUGAAUAGCCCUGUUUAUAAAAAUGUAGCCAAUGUGCUUUCUCAUUGCUUUAAAACUCAGAACCAUUGUAUAUUACGUUGGGUUUCGAGAGACUGGUAACACGAAGUGAAAGAGCAGGAGAAUAUUUCAUACUACAUUUGCUGCUAUAGCGGUCAUCACGAUGAGGAUUACUCCUCGACCUGACUGAUAUCGCCCCAAGGUUGUGUGUUUUAAAUGCAUAUGGAGUUCUAAGAAGAGCACCUGAGUAUUACUCAAUCUGUCAUACGGACUGAACUGCUCCAUUUUCUGUAUAGCCACUUCUUAAUGUAGCAACGGUGUUUUUUAAAAUCAUUUCUUAACCAAGACAAUAACAGAAUUCUUGACUGACAGUGUUUGCCUUUCGUAUGUGUGGAAAUGCAAUUAAAGGAAACAAGUAUUUAAAACAUGGCUUUGCAUACAGGUGUUAACCGUUGUUUUGGCCCUCACUGUCAAGUAGUUUUGUGCCCAACUAAAAGAACACUCCAGUCCCCUCUGCCCAUCCUCUGGUCAAUCGUGGAGGUUAAAGCAUGGUUAACAAGUGAUAUGCCCUCUGUUGUGCUGGUUCUCAAGCCUAUGUUCCCUGUGCAGCUUUCUGUGAUUGGCCAGUGUACAAUCAACACCACAUGUAUCCAUGUGUCCAAAUGAGUCAUGCUGGAAAUGACAAGUAUCUGUACAUAUUUAAAUACUAUAAAUAUAAGAAGUUUAAUUAUUUUUAGGAUGUGAAACUGAAUCUGUGCAUUGUGUGCCUUAUUCAAGACAAAUAUCUGCUAAAGUAUAUACAUAUAUAUAUAUUGGCAAUGUCAAUUGGUCCUCUGUUUUCUUGUCAAUUACAGUGUGAGACUGAGAUUCUCUGACCUAAAUUUGAGAGAUUUACUGAAUAAUGAUCCCCCUUACCUGAACAGCGAGAAAAGAAAUGAUAACUGACAGGCACCCAUUCCACUUUUGAGCGAAAGGAAUUAAGGUAUAUAAAUGAUUCGUGUUGGGGACAUUUUUUUUUACUUUUACAGUGUUACUCCACCACAUAGCGUUGCCAUGCAGUGAAUGUAUUUUCUUGACAGUGGGAUGUAGGGAGGUAAGACCUUGCACUGUGGAUCAGUCGGCACAUGGCAGCAUGCAUCCUGCUCAUUGCCAACGUAUUAACAGUGUUCACACGGAAGCCAACUCCUCGACUCAUGCAAAUUUUGUAAAUCCCAGAGAUUGCGGUGACAGAGAUGUUUUUCGCCUGUUUGUUUCGCUGAUAACUAAAGCAGUAGUUGCAUCCUUUUGGUUUGAGUUUCCUUCCCUUUCAGAGUGUCAGCUGCCUGUGUAGCCCAAAGCCACAUUUUGUUUACAAGUGAUGAUUGUAUGUAAAGACGUUAUGCCUGUCAUCGAACUGGUGUUUGGACGCUCUUUUCUAGAGACACGCACACAGAUACUGACAAACAUCCAUCCACCAAACACUGCUCAACUGCCUUGUACAUUGCAAUGAGAACUUCUGUUGCAAUCUAAAUUGAAGCCUUUAUAUUUCACGAUGUUACUAUUUCAUUUGCGGGGCGAACAAGAACUUUGUCAUCUUGAUUUGAAUACUGUGCAACAUGCAGAUGCAAGGCCAGCUGUACAUAUGACCUCUAGAGUAUUUGAGCUUGUAGAUAUAUUGUACAAUUGUACUGUGAAUGUGUAAAUAAUAUGGUAUUUGUUUCAUGAUAAUUUUUGUUGGAUUUUUUUAACACGGCAUGUAUAGUUGAAAUAAAACAUUACCACAAUGAAAAGAAUGGAGACAGAGUGUAA